UAAAUAUUGAAUUAAAUGUUGAAAUGUUUUAUUAAUUUGAAUGCAAUGUAAAACACAAUUCAAUUCAAUCACUAAACGUAUGGUUUUUCGCCACCAAUACAGACAUCGACACCACUAACCAUGUCUUCGGAUGAGAAGCCGCUGAUCACAAAGGGGGUCGAAUGGCAACGGUCGUACGGGAGGUCCUCGAAGAUCGUGUAUUUGGAGGCACGACUGGUGCCGAUGGCGGACACAUACCUGACCGCUGAGACCAACGACUUGCAGCUGUUGUCGCGACCACUGCUCUACACCUAUUGGACAGACUGUCCCGAUGUGGACACCUAUAAGUCGACAGUCAGGGAGGACAUCAACCACUGGCUCCAGAAGUUGACCACAAAGGGUAUCACCGAUUGGUUUAUAGUACACGUGGACGCGAGCGCCGACCGCAAGGGUAUCAACAAAAGCAAACUUUUGCCAACCAUUAAGACAUCGGUUUUGGACAAAAUCCGUAACGACUUCCCGGCCGUGAAGUCGACGGCCGAGCGAGCGGUCACUCUAUUGGACGCCUCGCAUAAGAAUGAGUCGAAAAUGGCGGACAGUUAUCAGCAAUUCCUCUGCCGAUUGCGGGCUCUGCUCCUGAGCUCAUACUCGCGGCAACUGAUCCGAUACGAGGACUACAUCCGCACCGUUCGCGAGAGCCGUAAUCAACAGAAUUGGGAUUUCUUUCACUUCUUCGCACUUCAGGAACAGUUGGCCUUCGCUUUCGAGAUGUUGAGCCUUUACGACGAGGCGCUCGUCCAGUACGACGAGUUGGACGCACUCUUCAGCCAAUUCGUCAUCAACUCGACCGCCGGACAGACACCCGAAUGGCUGACCAGACUGUCGGACAACUAUGACUUAUGGCACGGACUCUGCCUGUCGUCCAAUGUGUCCAAGAGUUUGCGCAAACAGUUCUUCGCUGGCGAUGGUGUGGCCACUAAUACAACGCUCAUUGAGUUACGGAAUUAUCUGUUCGCCAGACAGUCGGAGCUGUUGCUAUUGUUGAACAAGCCAUGGGAGUUGGCCUCCCGGGCCCUACCGUUCCUACAGAACUGUGUCAAUGAGUUGAAUAUAUUAGAGAUAACGAUGACACCGGGAGGUAUGGCCUGUUGGGUGUUUUUAAGCGCUUUAGAAAUACUGCACAAAUGCGAGCGUUAUAGCGAUUCCUCGCAAAUGGAGUCCUAUUCCAGACAUACAGUUGGCCUCUGGUCUUACGCUAGGAAUAAGUUGUCCGAAUUGGGAUCCCUGUGCGGCCUAAUGCCCGGCAUGACUCUGACAUCUGAACAUUUGCAUCAAGUGGUCGGUUUAAUCGCUGGAAUGGGCGCCGACCCCCGCACUGGCGAAACCCCUCUGAGUCCACAGGAACGGCUGAAAGAGGCGCUGUCA